AUGAAAGCCGACUUGCUCGAUGGAGUCACCUUUCGAGUCGGUCUCCUUGCGGCGCUUCGCAGCCGGAAGCUGAGCAGCAAGGCCAUUGGCGUCAUGAUCACUGCCAGCCACAACCCCGCAGCAGACAACGGAGUCAAGAUUGUCGAUCCCAUGGGCGAGAUGCUCGAGCAAGACUGGGAAGCGUUCGCCACCCAGCUUGUCAAUGCGCCCUCCGACGAGCAGCUCGUCGUUGAGUACAGGAACCUAGCGGCGCAGCUCAAGGUCAAUCUUGAUGCGCCUGCCAAGGUCGUUUACGGCCGCGAUACUCGCCCCUCUGGCCACAGUUUGGUCGCCGCCCUCGCCGACGCUCUCGAGGCGACCGGCACCGACCACACGGAUUACAAGAUCUUGACCACCCCUCAGCUUCACUACCUUACACGCUGCGUGAACACGGAGGGUACCGUAAACAGCUACGGUAAAACUAGCGAGGCCGGAUACUAUGAGAAGCUCGGCGAGGCCUUUGUCCGCGCCCUCAGCGGAAGGAAAGUCGCGGGUCAGCUCAUUGUCGACUGCGCCAACGGCGUUGGGGGUCCCAAGUUGACCGAGUUCCUCAAGCACGUCCCCAAAGACACCACCGGCCUCGAUGUCAAGGUUGUGAAUGAUGAUGUCCUCCAUCCCGACUCUCUUAACCUCGAUGUAAGUGCAAAAGCCCCCGCGACUCCCCGCCCCGUUCCCGGUGUUCGCAGCUGCUCCUUCGACGGAGACGCCGAUCGUCUGAUCUACCACUGGGUCGAUCCCAAGACCGGCUUCUUCAUGCUUGACGGAGACCGCAUCGCUUCUCUUGCCGCUUCUUUCAUUGGCGAUCUCGUCCGAUCCGCCAAUCUCCAAGAUGAACUCCGCAUCGGCGUCGUUCAGACAGCCUACGCCAACGGUGCCAGCACAAACUAUAUCGAGAAGCACCUGAAUCUCCCUGUCGUCUGCACACCCACCGGUGUCAAAUACCUCCACCACGAGGCCCUCAAGUAUGAUGCCCUGCGCUCUUUCCGUGAGACCCAGCCUCAGUCUCCCGCUCAGAAAGCGGCCCUCGAUACGCUGGCCGCCGUGGGUGACCUCGUGAACCAAACGGUGGGCGAUGCCCUCUCGGACAUGCUCCUCGUCGAGGUCAUCCUUGCGCACAAGAACUGGACACUCAACGACUGGGCCAGCACCUACUCGGACCUACCCAACCGUCUCGUCCGGGUCGAGGUCGGCGACAAGGAUGCCUUCCAAACCACCGACGCUGAGCGCCGCCUUACUCAUCCCGAGGGCCUCCAGUAUGAGAUUGACCAGUGCGUCCUCAAGUACACCAAGGGCCGUAGCUUCGCCCGCGCUAGCGGCACGGAGAACGCCUGCCGCGUCUACGCGGAGGCGGCGUCGAGGUCCGAGGCGGACGAGCUGGCCAGCAGGGUUGCCUCCUGGGUCAAGAAAUACGGUGGUGGUAAUUAA